GGGAAACCCUAGAAAUUUCUUAAAUCAUUUUGACCCUCAAAUCCCCGUUAUAAAAGUUUCCGCUUCUACAAGUGGUCGCCUUCUUCUCUGAACCGCAGCUCCAUCUUCCUCUGACCUGCAAAUCUAAGACGUCAUUUUGCAGAAUCCUAGACUGCGGCAGCCAUGGUGAAGGGAAGGCAGGGAGAAAGAAUCAGACUCUACGUCAGAGGAACGGUCCUUGGGUACAAAAGGUCCAAGUCAAACCAGUAUCCAAGAACAUCACUGAUUCAGAUUGAAGGUGUGAAUACCAAGGAAGAGGUUGCGUGGUAUGCUGGAAAACGGUUGGCAUAUAUCUACAAGGCCAAAGUGAAGCAGAAUGGAACCCACUAUCGGUGCAUUUGGGGCAAGGUAUCCAGACCUCAUGGUAACAGUGGCAUUGUUCGAGCCAAGUUCAAGUCGAACUUGCCCCCAAAAUCCAUGGGUGAUAAAAUUAGGGUAUUUAUGUACCCCAGCAACAUAUGAGUUCCUCAAAUCAGCUAGCUAGAGGGGUAAGGUUUCGUUUCUUUGUCGACUUGAUGGAUCGAUAGUUUUCUUUUACUUUACUGGACCCAAUGUUUAGAUGAUGAUGUUUUGAUGUGAAACUUGACUAAAUUUGGAAGGAUCAUUAUGGAAUCAUACUUUCAAUUUUGACCUAUUUUAAUUUAAUGUCAAGGCAUCUCUGCAAGACUUCACUUGCAUUUAGAUA